CCGGUAUAUCCAGUCUUUGCCUUCCCAAAGAGGUAAUGGAACUCCUUUUUGUCAUCUUACUCUGGGCAGGAGGAAUUACAGUAGUUAGUUAUCUCCUGCUACUCGCCUGGGCAAUUGGUUACGAUUUCUUCAAGACUAGGAUAGACCCGGGUUUUGACCAUCCAUGGAAACUUCGAGCGCUCCACUGGAACUUCAUUAUAAUGUUCACUACGGGGAAGAUUUUCGAAUGGCUGGGCAUUUGCAGGCAGAUGGUCUUUAUCCGCCUCAUGACAGAUCUCAGGCGGCUAAAGGUGCACCCCAGCCUCUACACCAAAGACCUGGAUUUCGAUGGGGUUCCCGUCAGGCUUUACCAACAUAAAAUGCCAAGUCCCGUCCGACGGAAAGGAUUUGUUUUCUUCCACGGAGGAUCUGGACUUGCUGGAAGCAUCUCCUCCUAUCAAAACAUUUGCAGCAGAAUUGCCAAGGAGAGUGGUUCCGUGGUUGUUUCUGUUGGGUAUCGUCUCUCUCCCGAAUUCCCGUAUCCCACGCAAUGCAAUGACUGCCACACGGCGACUGUGCACUUCAUGCAAAACGCCGAGGCCUAUGGGGUGGAUCCCUCCCAGAUCAUCAUCGGCGGGGACAGCGCCGGGGGGAACUUUGCUACGGUGAUUGCCCAAAAACUGACGGGGAGAUCAGACCUUCCUAAGCUGCGGGCUCAAGUACUGAUCUAUGCGGGCGUCCAAGCUAUGGACUUCAACCUGCCUUCUUAUCAGCAGAACACCACGAUGCCGUUCUUGUACCGGGACAAUCUCACCUAUUAUGGCAUGCAAUAUUUUGGAAAGGAUACCUCUUUGAUGCACGACGUAGUGAAAGGAUCUCAUGUGCCGGAUGAAAUGCGCCGGAAAUAUGGGAAGUGGGUGAGUGCGGAUAACCUCCCGGAGCAAUUUAAGUGCCGAGGCUACCGGCGGAUCCCGCUGGCUCCUUAUAAACCUGAUAUAUACGAGCAGUUAUCCGAGAUCCUUGACGUCUCUUUUUCUUCCCUUUUUGCUGAGGAGUCUGUCAUCCGACAGCUCCCAGAGACUUUAGUUGUGACUUGUGAGUACGAUAUACUGCGGGACGAUAGUCUGCUGUACAAGAAACGCCUGGAGGACAACGGCGUGAAAGUCAGCUGGUUCCAUGCUGAAAACGGGUUUCACGGCGUGAUAAACUUUAUCGAUUUGGGUUUUUUCACAUUUCCCACCGGGAUAGAGAUACUGAGUCGCAUUGCAGAUUUUGUCAAACGUUUGUGAGAUGUGAAGUGGGAGGCUUUCACGGCUGGUGUCCAUAGCUUUUUGUGGGGUUUUCACGCACCGGAGGAGGAGUUUAUUCCUGACACUUCGCCUGCUGUGUCUGUGGCUCGCAACUUCACAGAACGCAAGCGAAAGGUUUGGAAUAAAUUCUUCACGGACACGGCCUCAAAGCCCCCCAAAAACCCCACCAAAAACUAUUUGUGAGAUGCUUCCUCCUCAAGCUGUGAAUCUCUUAAAACCAUCAACAGUGUAUACUGCGCAUACUUUUAAAAGAGUAAUCUGCAUUUCUAUUGCUAGGACUAUCCGUUUUACCCCUACGGCAGUUAAAGUGCAGUCAAGCCAGAUUAUUUCUGCAGUGUGGAUUAUUAAGUAGUGGUUGUAAACCCACAUUUUGACUUUGCAGCUGCCUAAAAGGAUGCCAGCUCCAAUAUUUCCAAACAUCUUAUUGGUGUUGAGGUUUUUUUUUUUCCUGGUUGCUUCCCACCGUAUUUUUGAGCUAUUUAUUCUAACAUAGAGAUCUUGUAAAG